AUUAACCACCUUUCCAUACGUUUUAUCAGUUUCAGAAUCCAACACCACCAAAGAUUGGGUCUUUACUUUUGACUCACUCUCUCAGUCUUCCAAUUCAAACCCCUUCUGCAUUUCUCCAGUGGGGCAAGUUUAUCUGGGUCCAGAUCAAGCUCAUUGCAACAAAAUGCGGGUGAGAUGUUGAUUCAAGCUUUUUACUUUUGAUUUGUCCAACUGGGGUAUUUCACUGAUUGUGGAACUGGAUCUCUGUGAACCCACGACCUGGGUUUGAUUUCUCUCACUGUUCUUGUUUACAUUUCUCGCCAUUAUCGAUUUGUAGUUGAGUUUUGAAUGCUGGGUUUGUUUUGAGGAUCGGAAAGACUUUCUUUUGUGUGUGUUUCUGUUGAGUCUGGGGCUUGUGUUGGGUUCUCUGUGAUGAUUAGGGAAAAGGGUAAGGGAAUUGUUUGGUUGUUGUAUAGGAUGGUGUAGUGUGUUGGAUUCGUUUUAGAGAGAUGAAGAGGCCGAAAGGUGAGCCUCCGGUUACUAGGAGGUUCAAGUUGCAGCAUUUGUUGCUUGGUAUGGCUGCAUUGUAUCUGGUUUUCAUAUCCUUUAAGUUUCCUCAGUUUCUUGAGAUUGCAAAGGCGUUGAGUGGUGAUGAUGGUUAUGACCUGGCCAUUGAGGACUCGGAUUUGAGUAGGCCGGUGUUUAAUUCCGUUUAUAAGGAUACGUUGCACAGGAAAUUGGAAGAUAGUCAACAUCAGGAUGCGCCGGUGAGGCCUAGUAAGGAGCCUUUGGAAGAGAGGAGAAAUGGGUCUAAGACUAUAACGCCACUUCAGCAUCGGUAUGGUCGGAUAACUGGUGAGAUCAUGAGGCAGAUGAAUAGAACAAAUGGACUUUCGGUUUUUGAGAGGAUGGCGGAUGAGGCUUGGACAUUAGGGUUAAGUGCUUGGGAAGAACUGGAUAAACUUGAUGGCAAGGAGACAGGAGAUAGUUCUGUAUUUGAGGGAAAACCCGAGUCAUGCCCUUCAUGGUUAUCAAUGAGUGGGGAAGAAUUGGCAACAGGAGAUAGGCUGAUGUUCCUUCCUUGUGGGCUUGCUGCAGGUUCUUCUAUUACUCUUGUGGGAACAUCCCAUAAUGCUCAUCAGGAGUAUGUGCCUCAGCUUGCAAAGUUGAGGAGAGGUGAUGGAAUGGUCAUGGUGUCACAGUUCAUGGUUGAGUUGCAAGGGUUGAAGUCAGUGGAUGGAGAGGACCCACCAAAAAUCCUGCAUUUGAAUCCACGAUUAAGAGGAGAUUGGAGUCAGCGGCCAGUCAUCGAGCAUAACACCUGUUAUAGAAUGCAAUGGGGAUCAGCUCAAAGGUGUGAUGGUUCUCCAUCCAAGAACAGUGAAGAAAUGCUAGUUGAUGGAGACGUGCGAUGUGAAAAGUGGAUGGGAAAUGAUAUAAUAUCCACAAAGGAAUCCAAGACGAAGACUACCUCAUGGUUUAAGCGUUUUAUAGGGCGUGAGCAGAAGCCAGAAGUUACUUGGCCCUUUCCCUUUGUGGAGGGUAGACUAUUUAUCCUGACCAUACGAGCUGGUGUAGAUGGAUUCCAUAUGAGUGUUGGGGGCAGACAUGUGACUUCAUUUCCAUAUAGGACGGGAUUUACACUUGAAGAUGCAACUGGUUUGGCUAUAAAAGGAGACGUGGAUGUUCAUUCUGUAUACGUUACCUCGCUUCCCGCUUCUCAUCCAAGUUUCUCACCUCAACGGGUACUGGAGUUGUCAGAAAAGUGGAAAGCUCAUCCUUUACCAAAGACUCCUAUUCAACUAUUUAUUGGGGUUCUUUCUGCUACAAAUCAUUUUGCAGAGCGCAUGGCAGUGAGAAAAACUUGGAUGCAAUCAUCAGCAAUCAAGUCCUCACGUGUAGUAGUCCGUUUCUUUGUUGCACUGAAUGCAAGGAAGGAAGUAAAUGCUGUUCUAAAGAAAGAGGCUGCUUACUUUGGCGAUAUUGUGAUCUUACCCUUUAUGGACCGUUAUGAGCUUGUUGUUCUCAAGACCAUUUCUAUCUGUGAAUUUGGGGUUCAAAAUGUGACAGCAGCAUACAUCAUGAAAUGUGAUGAUGAUACAUUUGUUAGAGUGGACACUGUAUUAAAGGAAAUUGAGGGCAUCUCUCUUAAAAAGUCACUUUAUAUGGGCAAUCUCAACCUCUUGCAUCGCCCUCUCAGAAGUGGGAAAUGGGCCGUAACCUAUGAGGAGUGGCCAGAAGAAGUAUAUCCUCCAUAUGCUAAUGGUCCUGGAUACAUAAUUUCCAUUGAUAUUGCUAAAUUCAUUGCCUCUCAGCAUGGGAAUCAAAGCCUAAGGCUUUUUAAGAUGGAAGAUGUGAGCAUGGGAAUGUGGGUUGAGCAAUUUAACAGUUCGAGGGUGGCUGUCCAGUACUCGCAUAACUGGAAAUUUUGUCAGUAUGGAUGUAUGGAGAACUAUUACACAGCGCAUUACCAAUCUCCGAGACAAAUGAUCUGUCUUUGGGACAAGUUGGCUAGAGGUAGAGCUCAAUGCUGCAACUUCAGAUGACGGUGAGCAGAUUUUAACACUCUUCACCAUUUUUUUACCAUAUACACACGAUCACACGAGUGGUGAUUUUAGUAGUCCAAGCUUCUAGCAGUGAAUCGUGAAAAAAUGGUUGCAGAAUGAAUUGUCGAAAUUUCUGCUGAUUGUCUUGUAAAAGAGGGCUGUAUGAAAUUUAUAGCCCAUACUAUCAUAUUGUACAUUAUGGUCAUGAUAUUGAGUGACUGAGAUUUUACCCGAGGCUUCAGUUUGAGGCCUAAGUUUUCUCCAGAGUGACUACUAGCUAGUGCCUUCUCAUCAG